AAGAACCUGCCGGGAGAUCCCGCGCUUGCAGAUAUCCCAUGCUGUCUCAUUCCAUACAGAGGCUGGGCAGAGAUUGGGUUGCCCGUUGGAAUCUGGCUCAAAGACUCUUCCAGAAUGGUCAAACAUAUAAGUGUACAAAGGGGACUGAGUACUGUUCUUGGGUUUGGUACUCACACUUGAACCCUCAGGAUUGCCCAGUAAGCUGGAAACAUCCUUUGUUCAGGAACGGACAGCUUCACAAUCAGAUACAAAACUGUUCCAUACAUCUCUGUCCUGCUAACAUGAAAUCUGAAGGUGAUGAGCCAACUUCAAAGCGAAGGAGAUUUAGUGAUGAUCGGGACAUUAGCUGCAGUCCUAAUGAACAACUGAGUACCUCUUUUCCAAGUGAAACGUUGCUGCUUCAUAAUGAACCUCAACAGGAAGAAGAAGGCCUUCCAAAACCAAGAGGUGUGAUCAAAAGAUCCUGGGAAUAUUUUUGUCAGCAGAGUAAAAAAAUGAAGAUCCUUGAAGAGAGUAAGCAGAUCAGCCAGGAUGAUAAAGACCUGCAGGAAAAGUUUGAUUUUACUGUGAUGUCAUACAACAUCCUUUCCCAGGAUUUGUUAGAAGACAACUCCCACCUGUAUAAACACUGCAGUUACCAAAUACUAUCUUGGAACUAUCGGUUUCCCAACAUUCUUUCAGACAUCAAACAGCUGGAUGCAGAUGUACUUUGUUUGCAAGAGGUCCAAGAAGACCAGUAUGGAACAGAAAUUAAGCCCAGUUUGGAAGCCUUAGGCUACCAUUGUGAAUACAAGACGAGGACAGGAAGGAAACCUGACGGCUGUGCUAUUUGCUUCAAGACCUCCAAGUUUAGCCUGCUCUCCUCAAACCCAGUGGAAUUCUUCCGCCGCAAUAUCCCACUGUUGGACCGAGAUAACGUGGGCUUGGUUGUACUCCUGCAGCCUCGGUUUCACUGUAAGGCCACCGCAGCUAUAUGUGUGGCCAACACUCAUCUGCUAUACAACCCAAGACGGGGGGACAUUAAGCUAACCCAGCUAGCAAUGCUGCUGGCCGAAGUUACCAACGUAGCCAUUCGAGAAGAUGGGCGUUUCUGCCCCCUUGUCCUCUGUGGUGACUUUAACUCUGUCCCUCACUCUCCUCUGUACAAUUUCUUAAGGGAAGGAAAACUGAACUAUGAAGGACUGCCUAUAGGGAAAGUGUCUGGACAGGAACAGUCUCCUAAGGGUAAAAGGAUACUCUCUAUUCCCAUUUGGCCUCAAAGCCUUGGCAUCUCUCAGGACUGCAUGUAUGAGGAACAACAGAAGGAACUAGAAAAAGAAAAAGAGAGAGAAGAUGCUAAAGAAAACACGUUGGAGGCUUCAGAGGAGAUCGUAAUAGUAUCACAAAGGUUACCUACAGAUUUACAUCACAGUUUUCAGUUGUCUUCAGCCUACUCUCAUUAUUUGCCUGAUAGUGGAGACCCAGAAGUAACGACUUGCCACUCAAGAGGCGCAGUCACUGUGGAUUACAUUUUCUAUUCUGAAGCAAAGGACAACAUAUCUGAGCAACCAGGAACUGAACGUAUUUUUGAUGGAGGCCUGAAACUUUUAGGUAGAUUAUCGCUCGUAACAGAAAAAGAUCUGUGGAUGGUUAAUGGAUUGCCUAAUGAAACCAACUCCUCUGACCAUCUCCCUCUCCUGGCUAAGUUCAGGCUGGAAGAAUAAC